UCUUAAUUUGGAAUACGUGUCCAACUCCACGGUACACUCAGCAACAGUGUUUCCAGAGCUUGCUGUACUCGGCGUUUGAGAUGUUUGUCCGUGCGGAGUGAACCAGGCAUGGAACGAUGUUGCCCCAGUGUACCGCUAUAGUAGGUCAGCUGCUACAGCUCUCGUUUUCAUUGUCGUCCUGUAUCUUUUGUCUACGUUUGCGAGCCAAGCUAAGUCCUUCCAUGCCUUGUGCCGACUCUGUGCUACCUUAGCAUAGCUGAACACCCCUCCGUGAUUGUUCUUGGUUCGUUCCAAGUAAUAUUGCGUGUGCCAGUCGACAUGUCCGUUCGUUUCUCCGUCUCCUCGCUAGUUCUCACCGCCUGCAUGGUGGCGUUUGCGGGCGGGGAUUUCUUCUCCGCUACCGUGCACAUGGAGGGUCUGGUGUGGGUGGAGAGCGAGAUGGCGCGAGCCGUGAGAAACUAUGUGAGGUUGGGAGGGCUGGUGCCGCCAGAACUGCAAAGAUUGGCAGAGGGCACUGCAUGGCUGUCCGAUCCGACCCAGGUGGACCCCAAUAGUCUCGUAUAUAACCCGAUCGGAGCCUACCUGCUCAUCAAGCGUCUGAACCAGGAGUGGGCCAACGCCAUCAAAACUCUACCUCAGCCUCAAGAAGUGUUUGGUGAGUUGUAUGACGAGUUGCAGCUCCCCAGUCUCGCGGAUUUGGAGGGAUGUGCGCUUGCGCUGAUGAGACUUCAGGACGUCUACAACUUGGACAUGCGCAGAAUCAUCGACGGAGAAAUCGUCAUGAAGUGCCGUCCGAACGACACGGACGCGUGUCACGACGUCAACGUCGCGGAGCUGAAGAACAGGACGUUACCGCUCAAGCUCAGCAUUCUGGACGUCUUCUAUUUUGGGAUCGUUGCACAGUCGCAUAACGACCUUUAUCAUGCGGCUCUCUGGUUGAACGAGACCCUGGCGAUCAUGAACGCGAACCAGUGCGACAUGUGUCCCGACAGGAGAGAUGUUCUGGAGAGACUCGCAGACACGUAUUCAAAGCUUAGAAACCAUCGCGGGGCCCUUCAACUGUACUCAGAAUCCUAUAGAAUCGAUCCCACCAACCCCUACACCAAGUCACGGAUACUUGACGAGGAGUACUAUGCCAACCUACAAGGCAGCUAUGUGUGGCAGUUACAGAGACCGGACGACUGGGAGGGGAGGGACAAGUAUGAGGAGCUGUGCCGUGUUGGGGUGCUACAAAACCGGGCUCUCCGCUCGUCAGUCAGCUGUAGGUACUUCCGCCCCAGCCCGUACUUCUACCUCGGCCCCAUCAAGAUGGAGGUUCUGCACGAGACCAAUCCCGUCAUCCAUCUGUUCCACGACAUCGUCUCCGAAAGCGAGGCUGCCCGGAUGCGGGAAAUGGCCAUUCCUAAGUUCCACAGAUCAGUGGUGGUUGGGGACGACGGAGGAGAUGCCAUCAUCCUAAACAGAGUCAGCGAAACUGCCUGGCAUUUCGACUACGACGAUCCUGUAGUUGCGAAGUUGAGCCGCAGGGUGGACUACGCUACGGGCCUCAGUACCGCGGAGGGGACAGCAGAAGCUUUCCAGGUUGUGAAUUAUGGACUUGGAGGCCAAUACAUCCCCCACACUGAUUACUUUGAGGGAGAUCACGUGACACGUCAUAUACAGAACGGCAACAGGGUUGUCACCUUCCUGUUAUACUUGAGUGACGUGGAUGCCGGUGGAGCCACAGUUUUCCCCAUUGUGGACGUCGCCGUUCCUAUUGUCAGGAACAGUGCCGCUGUGUUCUGGAGUAUGGAGAGGUCAGGAGCCGUGGUGCCCAACUCUCUACACGCCGGCUGUCCUGUUCUUAUAGGGUCCAAAUGGAUCGCUAACAAGUGGAUACGCGAGCAUGGGAACGAGUUCCGGCGGCCAUGUGGUCUCACACCAGACGAGUAGGUUGUGAGCAUGACUGUUGACGCUGCUUUAGUCCCGUCUUCCUCCCGGUCAACCACUGAUGGCAGAAGGAGACCACACAGAGGCCAAAAUGAAAUGAAUCACCUGUCAAGCUAGGAAGCUACACAAGUUUGUAUGUAUUAUUAUUGUGGAGAAUCAGUGUUUAGAUGCACGUACCAUUCAGUCAUGGUGAAAGUGAACCCCUUAAAAUUACUAGAAGUCAGUGCUGCAAAAUGCAAAAAUGUCAAAUGGCAAACGGAUGAAAAUUUUUAUUUAUGUAGAAAGAAAUUCUCUUCAAUUUGAUUUGCUUGGAUGAAGCCGGCAAGAGCUGUAGUUACUCAAAUCGUGUAACUUUAAUUCGGAUUGUUGAUUGAGUAUUCGUAAGAUGGUUACGAAAAGAUCAGAAGAGGAGUACCUUUUGUUUCCAAGAAUUUAUUGAUGCGAUAAUAAUGACGACAAAUCAGGGCUAACGUUAUAAUCACAGAUUUACAAAGUACACUCAUGGUGAGAAAACGUGUGUGUCGCAUAGACUCGCACAUGAAAGUUGCAUCCACUUAGGAAGUCACAUCGACUUGAAGUAAAAAAAUGGAUGCUAUGAGACAUUAGGAAGGACAUCAUGACAACUGAAACAAUAAAGAUAUGCACCAUA